AUGGUCAGCAUGAAGCCUCUCAGAACCAGGGAGUCAGCUCAAAUAUCAGGCAUAGAAAGCUAUAGCACAGACAAGCUCUUUGUCUGUGCCAGACCUGAACAGCAUAAAUUGGUCCUGUCAAGACUGUUGGGGAUAAAGAGAUACACAGCAUCCCAAGAUCCAGAGAGUGCUGCUUAUUGGCUUGUUCCUUGUGAUUUGCUCAAUCUGAUUUUUUAUAGCACCCAGAACCACCAUCCCAGAAGUGGCAACACUCACAGUGAGCUGGGCCUUCCCACAUCAAUCAUCAAUCAAGAAUAUGUACCACAGGCCAAUCUGGACAAUGGAAAGGAAGACAAGGAACAGCAGCAGGACUCCUCAAAGGACAGAAAGGACAGAAAGGACAAAAAGGAUGAAAAGGACAAAAAGGAGGAAAAGGAGGAAAAGGACUUAAAGGACAAAAAGGAGGAAAAGGACAAAAAGGAGGAAAAGGACAAAAAGGAGGAAAAGGACAAAAAGGAGGAAAAGGACAAAAAGGAGGAAAAGGACAAAAAGGAGGAAAAGGACAAAAAGGAGGAAAAGGACAAAAAGGAGGAAAAGGAUGAAGAAGACGAAAAGGAUGAAGAGGACGGAAAGGAGGCAUCAACAAAUCCAAGCACUGUUGCAUCAGACAUUAGCAACCAAGUGACAGAAAAUGCAAAGGCUGAUGGGAAAGUCCAAGGUACAGAAGCAGCCUUUCUCCUGAUACAGCUGAACCUUACAACAGGAAGGCGUUCUUCAAGAUGUUUUUAUUUAUUAAUCAUUUUAUUUGUUUACAUUUCAAAUGUUAUCCCCCUUCCUAGUCUCCCCUUCAUGACCCCUCCUACUUACCCCUUCCCCCUCCCCUUUGCCUCUAAGAGGGUGCUCCCUACCCACUCCUCCCUCACCCCUCUACCACUCCCCUUCUCUGGGGCCUCAAGCUUCCACAGGACCAAGUACCUCCCCUCCCACUGAUGCCAGAUGAGUCAGUCCACGGCUACAGAAAAAAAAGAUCCUUAGAGGAUCUUGUAGAUCUAAUUUAAGUAGUAGGCAAAGAUGAUUUCCUCACCCUCUACAAAUACUUUUGAGGCAACUUCAUGACUAUUUUGUGCUAAUUAAUUAAAGAGAAAUUUUAACUAAGAUCUAAAAAGGUUUCUAUUAGGCAACCUAUUUAGCAUAGAAAAUGAAAAAAUCUAUGAUAUGGUUUGCUUAUUGUUUUUGAUCUUGUUUAUGUUUGAUGAUACAUUUAUUCUUCAUAACCCAAAGCCACCCAUAGCCCUAUCCUUUACCAAAAUUUCACACAAUUAUGCAGAUUGAAAAUUUACAGGAUCAAAAAAGGCAGUGAAGUAUACAAGACAUCCAUUUCUACUAUAGUCAUUUCUACAUCCAUAUACUUAGUGAAAUUCUGUACCAAUAGAAAUAUUUUACAAUAUUUAUUUCAUUAUAAAUUCCUCAAUUCCAAUUCCACCCAAACACUUGGAUAUUUAAGUGUGUUUAGCUGGUUUAGCUUGGAUUAAAAUAAUAAUUAUAAAAGCAAUUUUAAACUGUAAAAUUCUGUAGGUGACAGUCAGAACUUCUAAAUGCUUUUCUGAAUUGUUUUUUAUUUAGAUGAA